GCUUUUCCUCACAUCCAGCAAAAGAGCCGCGCGCGCGCGCGCGACAGAGAUGCACACAAAGCCGGAGCGCGAGGAAUCAUCGGCGGAGCGCGCUUACUGAGACGCGCUGGAGCUCGCGGACAACCGAGCUAAUGUGCUGUUUUUAACACCGGAGUGAUGCUCUUAAGGCUCCGUCGGCCUUCCCGGGACACAAACACGGUUUGAAAGGAGUAUUUUCCGCAUCAUACACACGCUGCUCCUCUUUUGUUCGCCUGCGCCUUUACUGAACAGGUCAAAGAGGAGAUAAACAUACAUCAUGCUGAUGGGAAGAGGGUUUGUAAGCUGGACUGGAGCAGAAUUAUUAUUAUGUGUGUUCUGCUUGCUGACCAUCACCACCACCAUCAUCAGCCCAGCACGCGGAUCCGUCCAGUCAUCCUACCCGCAGAACAGCGACUGUGCGUCCGGCAAAGGAAAGGGCUGUUUAGAUCUGUCAGAGAAGAAGAGUGACCUGCGUGUUUGUGAUGCCACCACGUGCCGUUUCAACGGGAUCUGCCAAAACAACGGCGGAGACAUCAAAUGCGUAUGCCAAUUUCAGUGCUCGAAGAACUACAUCCCGGUGUGCGGCACAAACGGAGACACCUAUCAGAACGAGUGCUAUCUGAAACAAGCAGCCUGUAACCAGCAGAAAUCCAUCGUUCUGGCCAAUGAAGGCCCUUGCGAUCCUGAUAGCAGCUCGGGAUCUGGAAAUGGAGAAAUUGACGGAUCGGGCUUAGAGUCGGGCAAGAAAGUCACCAAAUGCAGCAACUGCAAGUACGGCGCUGAAUGUGAUGAAGACGCAGAGGAUGAAGACUCCUGUUCGUGUAAAAUCGACUGCAGCGGACACAAUGAGAAUCCAGUGUGCGGCACAGAUGGAAACUCUUACCAUAAUCCUUGCCUGGUACGAGAGGCGUCUUGUAUGAAGCAGGAACAGAUCGACGUCAAGCAUUUAGGCAGAUGCCCAGAUAAAGACAAAUCUAAGAAAACUGAAGCUGGACUUCCCUACAAGCCAGAUUAUGCAGACCCAGCAAAAGAAGGAAAAGGAUACGGCUGGUUGCCAGUUCCCUGCACAGAUGACUAUGCCAACUUCUGUGUCCACGGCCAGUGCGAAUUAAAUUUCGGCAUCGCUACCUGCAGGUGUGAUUCAGGUUACACAGGGACACAGUGUGACGAAAUUGCAGACUUUAACAUCCUAUACGUGGUACCCAGCGGUCAGAAACUUCAUUAUGUGCUCAUAGCUGCUAUCAUCGGAGCCGUGCAGAUCGCCAUUAUCGUGGCAGUUGUCAUGUGUAUUACCAGGAAAUGUCCUAAGAACAAUCGUAAAAGACGACAACAGCAAAACUAUCCAUCAAACAACUCUUCAAGGAUGAUGUAGUUUGUUUUUAUUUUAAUUUUUUGAUACUUUUUGUACCGAGUGGAUUACAGUUUUAAUGUGCUUUUCUUUUUUUUGGUUUUGUGCUUUCUUGACUCUGGACAAUACGGUUAUUUCCGAUUUUUAAAGUUUUAUUUUUAUUAUUUUAUUGGAUGGUGCCUUAUGGUUUUCUUGUUUUCAGGACAUUUUAGGUACUUGAUGUCAGUGGCAAACACUGUCAAAUGAAUGAUAUAAGCCAGCUCUUUUUUUAUUAUUAUUUUUUAUUUCGAUUGUGGUACCAGGUUUUUUCACAUAUUGUUAAAUGUAAGUCUCGGCACACAAACUGUACCACAAAAACGGAUGUCCACGAUUUCCAUGGAAUGUGCUUCUUUAUUGAAAAUAUUAACUCUGAACUGUCUGUUUAACUGCCCACCCCCCACCCACCAACCCACCUUUUGAUUUGAAUCUUAUUUCUUCAAAUCAAACUUAGCUGAACACCAAAUUUAAUUGGAUACGAACAAGUGCGCCGACGUGAUGACGUUUACACUUUCUUUUGAAGGGAAUUCCAGAGAAUGAAAUGCAACGUGUUUGACUAGCUAAUCUUAUCAAUGUUGAAAUGUUUGUAGUUUUUCUGUUCUAAUGUUAUCGGUGUUGUUAAUGUUGAAAAUGAACAUUAUUGACAUUAAUUUAAUUCUAUGAACUGCAUAUCGCAUGACCUGUGAAACUGUGUCCCGUGCUGUAGGUUUAAUAAAAUUUAAUUCUCAGUCUUACA